AUGUCAACUAAGUGUAAGUUAGAUCAAAACGAAAUUAGAAAUAGUAAUCAUUAAUCUAAAGGCUCAAUUAAAAGUAAUAAGGGAAAAGGUGAAUUAAAUUAAUUUAGUAAAGAAAAGGAUAAAAAACUUAUAAAAAAUCAAGUUUCUUUAACUAAUUCAAAUUUAAAAGAAUAAGCAAGAUUUAAUGAAUUGUGUAAUGAGAAAGAAAACUUAGUUAAAGCAGCUAUCAAAAUAUAAAGCAUUUACAGAGGUUAUUAGGUUAGAAAAAUGAAAAAAUAGCAUGGAUUGAAGAUUGUUUAGAAAAAUGAAAUACAAGGUGCAAAUAAAAACUAUAUGUAGGAAAAUUUUGAAGUUAUAAAUCUACCUGCUUUAAAGAAUGAUACUAACUUAGAAUUGAGAGGACCCUAUUAAUUUAAAAGUGGGGCAAUUUAUGAAGGUUAAUGGAAGGGAAAUUUCAGAGAAGGAAUUGGAACUCAGAUUUGGAAAGACGGAGCUAAAUAUGUAGGAGAAUGGAAAAAUAAUAGAGCUAGUGGAAAAGGUAUAUUCUACCAUGUUGAUGGUGAUACUUAUGAGGGAGAAUGGGAAUUAGAUAAAGCUAACGGAAAAGGAAUUUAUAAACAUUCUAAUGGAUCAAGAUAUGAAGGAGAAUGGAAAGAUGAUCUAUAAAAUGGUUUAGGCAGAGAAAUUUGGACUGAUGGUUCUAAAUAUAUUGGACAAUAUUAUCGAGGGAAAAAGCAAGGACGGGGAAGAUAUGAGUGGCCUGAUGGCUCUUAUUAUGAAGGUUAAUGGUAGAAUAAUAAAAUAAAUGGUCAUGGUGUUUAUUGUUGGGCUGAUGAGAGAGGAUAUGAUGGUGAAUGGUAGAAUAAUUGUAUGCAUGGCUAUGGAAUAUACACUUGGAAAGAUGGUAGAAAAUAUAAAGGAGAGUAUAAGAAUGAUAAAAAAGAUGGACAUGGAAUUUAUUAUUGGGCUGAUGGUAAGAAAUAUGAUGGAAUGUGGAGUUAGGGGAAAUAACAUGGGUAAGGAUUGUUUGUUUUUGCAGAUGGGACUUAGAAACAUGGGAUAUGGAAGGAAGGAAAACGAAUAAAAUGGCUUGAGAUAGUACCUUGA